AUGAUAAAUGACAAAUCUUCUUUUAUUUCCUCCUCCAAGUAUAACAGUCCAAGAUAGGAUUAUACGGACAAUUUAUUGUAAAAUUUAAACAUCUAAUAAUCAAGUGAGAAUAACAGUGAUCGCAAUAGUGUGAAUGAAAAACGAAAGUUUGGGGGCGCAAAUAGAUAUAAAAAAAAGCACAAAAGACAUAGCAGGGUUUUUGAUGAUGAUUAUCUUUAAAAAGAGAAGCGGGUCUUUAAAUAGAGUUUACAACGUCUUUAUGAAGAGUCUUUUAUAAAAAACAUCAUAGACAAUUCAUAUAUAAAAAAAUUAGGCUCAUUGAGUACGUAUCAAGUUUAGGUCCUUGAUGAUCUUUAAUUCGGAACAGAUAAAUAAAUUGAUGACAUUGAUAAUGUUUUUUACAGUUUCUUUUCUAGUUAUUUGGAUAGAAUAUCUGUAAUAUAUCCAUAAAGCAAUUUUAAAAUAUUUUGGAACACAAUUCAAGUAUCAACUUUCAUUCUGAUAUUCUUGUGGUUGCCAUAUAAAUUAGCUUUUGAAACUAAUUACAUCUCUUAAUUUUACGAUGAAGAAAAAAAAAUGUCGAUAGAAAUAGCUUUAUUUGUGAUUUGUGCUUUCGAUAUCUUUAUUUGUUUGAAUGAAGCCUACAUCCACAAAGGAAUUAUAAUCAAGUAUUAAUAAUGUAUUAGAUUAUUUAGUCAACGGUAUCAUAUCAUAAUGAAUUAUUUGAAAACCACUGCAUUAGCAGAUAUGAUAAGUAUAUUUGCAUUACUUUAUGAAUUAAUCAUAGUGCAUUAAUAUGAAAAUCAAUAUAUAACCUUACAAAUCUGCUUGUGUUUGAUAUUCGGAAUGAUAAAGACUUUUAAGAUGAAAUAGAUAUUUAAUUAAAUAUAAGAAUAUUUCAACAUCAAGGGUGUAUUAAAGGAUUGCUUAUAAAUGACUCAAAUAAUUUGUGGACUGAUGUACUUUAUACAUUUGAUUGCAUGUCUAUGGCAUGGAUUGGGAUAACCAACCAGUAAGUAUACAUGGUUGGAUAUAAAUCGUUUGAGAGGAGCCAAUGAUAGUAUAAGAUAUGCAGAAUCCUUGCAUUGGGCUGCAGUGUAUCUUACAAACGUAGGUUCUACUGAGAUCAAAAUAGCUAAUCAUGAUGAGAAAUAUUUUGCUGCUGCAAUUUCAUUUUUAUCUCUAUUCAUAAUGGCUAUAAUAGUAGUCUCUUUAGGAUACUUCUUCCAUAAAUCCCAAAGAAAUGAAAUAUAUUCUGAAUCAAUGAAGUUGAUGAAUAAUUUUAUGUCGAUGAAUAAAAUUGAUUUCAAUUUGCAAGUUCGAAUUAGAAAUUAUUUAGAUUACAUUUGCAAGGUAAUUGUAAUCAAUGCUAAAUUAGGCAGAAUAAUCGAUGAUUGAUGAAAAUGUUUCAAACAUUGUAAACAAAUUAUCAGAGAGAUUAUAAGCAGAAUUAAAAUAUCAAUUAAGAGCAUCCAUUUUAGAAUCUUGUGAUUUUAUUAAGAAGAACUUUUCAAUCAAAUUUUAGUAAGCAUUGGUUCCCUUUAUGGAGGAAGUAAAUACCAUACCUGAAGAGAGGAUAGUUGAAAUGAACAAUAUUGAUGAUUGUUCUAUAUACAUUAUAAACAAGGGAGAAAUGGAAGUAGUGUUUGAAGCUAAGAAUAAGAUGAAUGUAAAGUUCAAGAGGAAUAAUAUCAAAGUCUUAGAAGUAUUUAUUGAAUUUUUUUGAUUUAGAGAAAGGAGAAUAUUUUGGCUUUUAUAGUUUUAUUACAAAUUUGCCUAGAACAGCCACAGUUGUGUCUAAGGGAUUCGGAAAACUAUUUAAGAUUUCUAGAGAUAACUUUAUAAAUCUGUUGGAUCAAUUCCCAGACGAACGAGAGAUCUUUCACAUGAUCAAAGACAAAGUCAAAAUAAGUCAAGACUUGUCAGAUUUACAAAUCAAAUGUUAUGGAUGUAAAGCCAACUCCCACAUGGUCAAUCUAUGUCCCAUUUUACAUUUCAAUCCAAAUUAAGACAGAGUCAUCAAGUAAUCACUCUAUCCUCAUCAAUAAGAACGAGACGAUCCUUAAUAGUAUAUUAUCUUAUUUAUUAAUUUACUAAGACCAAGAAAGUCCAAAUUCAUAAAUGCUUUGUUACAAUAGUAAAUCAUAGAAUAGAUUGCCAAAGAAUAUCAGAUGCAAUUGAUUCAAGAAGAAACUCAGGAGGGAACAUAAGCUACUCAUGUGUUAUUGCAAGAUGACGUCUCUGACACAGAUAGUCGAAGUAUCAUUAAAUAUCAAACAUAGCAUACUCACAAAUGAGAACACGAUCAGUCUCUAGGGUUAACACUCAUUCAAUCUUGUCAAUGCAAUAAUAGUCUUCUAAUUAUAAAAUUAAUCAACCUCAUCAAUAAAUGAAUGCCCAAUAGGCUAAUCUACUUCCCUAAGUUGAUGAGGAUGAAGUUGAAAUGAUAGAAGAUCAAGAUCAAGAUUAAGAUCAAGACCUCCAACCUAAUUUUGAUGAAUAGAUGAACAAUAGAAAAGGAUUCAAUAGAAAAAAUGAUCCUAAACAUACAGUAGAAACUGCUGGAUUUGGAAAUAAAUUUAAUAAACCUAAUAAUGUGGAAUAAGACAUGGACAAUUUUAUUGAAUCUGAGGAUGAUGAGGAAUAUUAAGAAGAAUCAAGUGGUUAACCCUAACAAUAGAUGGGUAAAUCAAUUUCAAAAGGAUCCUAAAGUCCACAAAAUUCAGGAACAAAUCCAAGAAAUAUCCAAUAAAUGGGAUAGAAAGUCACCUUUAUUAAUCCAUCAACAAACUAAUAACAACAAAGUGGAGCCAACCCUAAUGUUAGACCCAGAACUUCAAUCAAAAGGGGAACAACCAAAACUAAUAACACGGCUAUAAUCUUUGAUAAUGUCUUAGCUCAAUUAUAGGAGAACUAAUUAUUAACCAUUGAAUUUGUAAAUGAUCUCAAAUAUAUAGCCUAUCAUAACCUUUCCCUCUCUUGGUGAUUUCGAUAAGAUUAUGACCUUUAGAAAGUAUUUCCCUCAGCAUAAUAUUUCUGCAGUUUUAAAACUAGUUGAGAGAUACUAAAAGCAAGUCGAACAUUUUCCCAUCUUUUCUCUAUAUUCCUUCAUCUAUACUGCAAUUUAUAGGGGCAAAGAAUUAAGGAAAAAGGCAGAAGUAGCAAAACAACAAUAAAAGCAAGUGUUGUAUUAUCCUAAAAUUAUCAAUAAGCCUUAGAAAUAUUUUAAGUAUUAUUAUUCUUUAAACCUCUAGGAGAUAGAUUACUUAAAGAUAGGUUUGA